UAGUACUGGCUGUAAAAUAGUAUAGUAUAUACUGACUUGGCGCCCUCGUUAAAUAUGUUUUAUUGGUAAUGCAGCGCAGUUUGUAACUCAGCUUAUUGAAAGUGCUCAUAGCACGCAUGCUUCAAGCAGUCUUUCUGACUAGACCAAAGUCACCGCUGAGGAUAAGCGAGAAAAUAUCCGGUUGCAACUGACAGGCAGCUGCAGCCGGAGUACUAAAAGUGGCGUCUUCACACGAGACCUCAUCUGAGCAACUGCGCGCGCAGCACCUGCACUGAAACGUUAGUAAAAGUGGAUCGUUUAGGCGAAAAGAUGACCGCACUUGCCGUGGACUUGUCAUGUUAGAACUCUGUCGGUUCCCGCAGUCGUGAGACUGUAGUAUGGACCAGCUAUGCUGUCCAGAAAAGGACUCAUUCCCGAGGAUUAUGUGUUGACUCGCUUGGCGGAGGAUGUGUUACAGCCCAAAUAUAAAACAAAACAGCGGAAAGCGCGAUUCGUCGCCAAGAACGGAACAUGCAACGUAGCGCACACGAAUAUUCGCGAACAAGGACGCUUUCUACAAGACGUUUUCACCACCCUAGUAGAUCUCAAAUGGAUUCAUACUCUUUUGAUAUUCACUAUGUCCUUCCUGUGCAGCUGGCUUUUGUUUGGCAUGAUCUGGUGGCUCAUCGCCUUCGGGCACGGAGACUUGGACGUGAAAGGUGACGACUUUGUGCCGUGCGUGACGGACAUCCACUCGUUCUCCUCCGCUUUUCUGUUCUCCAUCGAAGUUCAGGUGACCAUCGGCUUUGGAGGACGGAUGAUCACGGAGGAGUGCGUAUCAGCCGUAGUUAUAUUAAUCAUUCAGAACAUAGUAGGUUUGGUGAACAAUGCCAUCAUGUUAGGAUGCAUCUUCAUGAAAACGGCUCAAGCAAACCGGCGAGCAGAAACGCUGAUCUUCAGCAAACAUGCUGUUAUAACUGUCCGAAACAACAAGCUGUGCUUCAUGUUUCGCCUCGGAGACUUGAGGAAGAGUAUGAUCAUAAGUGCGACCGUCCACAUGCAGGUGGUGAGGAAAACCGUCUCCAACGAAGGCGAGCUGGUGCCACUAAACCAGAUAGACAUCCAAAUGGACAACCCGGUUGGCACCAACAGCAUCUUUCUGGUCUCUCCUCUUAUUAUCAGUCAUGUUAUUGAUAAAAACAGCCCUCUGUAUGAUCUUUCUGCGGCUGAUCUGCUCCAUGAAGACAUUGAGGUGAUUGUCAUACUGGAGGGGGUUGUGGAGACCACCGGUAUCACCACUCAAGCGCGGACCUCUUACCUGUCCGAGGAGAUCUUAUGGGGGCAGAGGUUCGUGCCCACGGUGUCUGAAGAGGAUGGGAUGUAUGCUGUGGACUAUUCAAAGUUUGGAAACACGAUUAAAGUGUCCACGCCGAGCUGCAGUGCGCGGAUAUUAGAUGAGGAGGGCGGGUUGGAGAGGUUUAAAGUGCACGAGUCCACCAGCACCAGACGAAUCAGAAACACAAAAAAAGAGUUAAUUUAACCCACUCAGAAAAACGGUUUUGCCAUUUGUUUGAGCAUUUUAUUGUUAAAAGUAGUAUUCUCCAGUAAAUGUAUAAUUUACCUUUAUGUUUUAACGUUAUAUUUAUUCAUUAUUUUAAAUAAAAAAAUAUUAAUUACAUAUUUUAUCAUAUAUUUUAUUUGUAACAGUUAUUUACGAAUGGCUUUGUCAGGGGCGGUUAAUAUCUUUGUUUAUGCUCAAAUUCACUUUAUUCCCGCUAGCGCCAUCUUUGAUUUUUAACAGGAAUGACAACCAGGCUGUGAGGCUUCCAUCUCUUCAAUGGCAUGCUCGGUAUAAAGCUGUAAAAAGCUCCAAAUCACAUCUGAUUUUCCACAACUCAUGUUGUCUAGAGUUGUUUGUCUACUGAAUGUUCUUGGAAAGAUGUUUUUUUUUUUUCUUUUUCUUUCAAUGUUUUGUCCACGGAACGAUCCAAAAACACUGUAAACAGCUUUACAACCCACUGAAGAGACUGUAAGUCUAUCCCUCACAGCCUCGUUGUCAUUCCCAUUAACAAAGAUGGUGCUUCUGUGAAUAAGGUCUAUAGCUCACAGAUACAGAUGUUUCUAUAUACACCGAUCAGCCACAACAUUAAAACCACCUGCCUAAUAUUGUGUAGGUCCUCCUCGU